GUGUUAGCUAGCUUGACUCAGCAGCUUUUUGUCUUCCUGGUUUUUUCGGACCGAAGACGUUUUUUUUCUUCUGUUUUAAAGAGUAAAGACUUUAACUGAACGAGAUUCACUUAAAUAUCCUCAGAAAUGUGUUUUUAACCUAAAAGUUUUCCUCUAAACUCCCGUUAAAGUCUUUAAAUCUGAUGCGUCGACACUUUUAAACUGAAACAAGAAGCGACGACCUCAUUAUUAAAAUUCAUCAAUCACGUCAAAAAUGAGGCUUCAGCUCUUAUUUUUAAACGUUUUCACCGUUUUAACGGAGGCAGCCGUUUCUCCGUCGGCAGACACACAAGAGCAGCGUCACACUGUGUCUCUCAGGUCGAUGCUGGAUGACUUCGACGUGUUGCCGUUCUCCAGCCUGCAGACUCACUCCGUCCGUCGCCGUGACGUCCAGACUCAAACUCACGUGGAGAAACUGGUCAGCUUCAACGCCCUGCAGAGACAGUUCAAACUCUACCUGCGGACCAAUGAUCAGCUGUUCACCGAGGACUUCAGCGCCGUGAUCGUGGACGAGGACGGACAAGAGCGGAGUUACGCCAUCAACAGACACAACUACUUCACGGGACACGUCAUCGGGGAGGAAAACUCUCGAGUCCAGGCUCACAUUGACGACCACGAGUUCUCGGCUCACAUCCUGACUGACGAGGCCGAGUACAACGUCGAGCCUCUGUGGAGGUUCACGUCGGAGCCCGCCGACGGUCGUCUGCUGAUCUAUCGCUCAGAGGACAUCAGGAACCUCAGCCGCCUGCACCAGCCGUCGGUCUGCGGCUACGUGACCUCCGACCCCGGCCACCUCCUCCCUGACGGCGUCAAGACGACCCCGCUGGAGGACGGAGGGGAAGCAGAGUCGGUGUUCAGAGGGAAGCGUCAGGUGUACGACCACACGAAGAACACCUGUCCGCUGCUGCUGGUGGCCGACCAUCGCUUCUUCGAACACAUGGGCCGGCGGGAGGAGAGCACCACCCUCAACUACCUGAUCGAGCUGAUCGACCGCGUCGACGACAUCUACAGAAACACGUCGUGGGACGAAGAGUUCAUCGGUUACGGAGUUCAGAUCCAGCAGAUCAUCAUCGAGAAGAUCCCGACCGCGGUCGAACGCGGAAAGAGUCACUUCAACAUGAGAGGAAGUCCGGCGGAGGGUCGGGACGUCUGGGACGUCAAGAAGCUGCUGGAGCAGUUCAGCGUGGACAUCGCAGAGAAAGCGUCCAACGUGUGCCUGGCUCACCUCUUCACCUAUCAGGACUUCGAUGAGGGCACUCUGGGUCUGGCCUACGUGGCUCCGUCCAAACUGGACAUCCCCGGAGGUCUCUGCUCCAAAGCCUGUCCUCCGUCGACAAACGAGCAGAGAGCGAUCUACCUGAACACGGGUCUGACCAGCACCAAGAACUACGGCAAGACCAUCCUCACCAAGGAGGCGGACCUAGUGACGACUCACGAGCUCGGCCAUAACUUCGGAGCGGAACACGACCCCGACAACAUCCCGUACUGCGCCCCCCGAGAGGACCAGGGCGGGAAGUACGUCAUGUACCCCAUCGCCGUGAGCGGAGACCACGUCAACAACAAGAUGUUCUCCAACUGCAGCAAACGCUCCAUCGUGAAGCGUCUGCGGGCGAAGGCUCGGACCUGCUUCAAGCAGAGGAACAUCAACGUGUGCGGCAACUCCCGGGUGGAGCAGGGCGAGGAGUGCGACCCCGGCCUGCUGCACAUCAACUCCGACCGCUGCUGCACCGCCGAGUGCCGGCUGAAGGCCGGAGCUCAGUGCAGUGACAGGAACAGCGCGUGCUGUAAAAACUGCAUGUUCGAGUUAGAAGGCGAAGUGUGUCAGGAGCCCAUCAACGCCACCUGCAAAGGACACUCGCACUGCACAGGAAAGAGCAGCGAGUGUCCCCCGCCAGAGAACGCCUUGGACAAAACCGUCUGCCUGGACAGCGGCGAGUGUCUCAAUGGAGAGUGUGUCCCCUUCUGCCAGGCCGUCCUCAAGCUGCAGCCCUGCGCCUGCAACGAAACAAACUCGUCGUGCAAAGUCUGCUGUCGCAGCAGCGGCGGCGUCUGCGCCCCCUACCAGGACGAGACGGGCAGCUUCCUGUUCCUGCGUAAAGGCAAACCGUGCACCGUGGGCUUCUGUGACGGAGCGGGGAAGUGCAAUAAGCAGGUGCAGGACGUGGUGGAGCGUCUGUGGGACUUCAUCGACAAACUGGACAUCAACACGUUCGGGAAGUUCCUCGCCGAUAACAUCGUGGGCUCCGUGGUGGCGUUCUCACUGCUCUUCUGGGUUCCCUUCAGCAUCCUGGUCCAUUGUGUGGACAAGAAACUGGAUCAGCAGUACGAACAGACCACCAAGUCCCUGUUCUUUCCCAGCAAUGCCGAGCUCCUGAGCAGCCUGGAGUCUGCGUCUGUUCGGAUCUUCAAACCGCCGACCUUCCCUGUCAGCACCUCCUCUGCCGGGUUGCGAUUCCAGGCGUCCGGCCCCCAACAGACCAGCACCCCCCCCGGCCCCCGGCCCCGCCCCUGACCCCAAGAGGACAGCCCCCGCAUGGCCACCAUCCAGGAGGACCCCAGCCUCGACUCGCACCUGGACGAGGACGCUCUG